GUUUUCGAGAAAAUUAUUCACUUACACUAGCAAGUCCACCCAUACGAGUAUGGAAGAAACUCUCACGUGUAGCCGUCGGACUUGGUGCGGAUCGACUCGGGUCGGCGCAAAGGUUUAACGUGGACGCGCCACCAUCGUUGUAAAAACUGCACACUUGUUGUCGGGCAUGUCAUCAUUUGGAUAACUGAAGCCUAGGUCCAACCAUGAAGUACAUCAACUUUGCAAUAGCAUGCAUAAUCAUGUUUGGCUUUUCUUCGACCGUCUUCUUGGAUUGCCAUCUUCAAGAUACAGCUUACAGAGAAAUCAGACGGUUUUUUCCGGUUGAAUGGAAACGUGCAUCCAACCUCGGGAGCAGAAUGUGCCAAUUGGACAGUAGAUUCUACGUUGGAAAGAAAUUCGUCGGUUAUUCGGCGUUUGACAAUUACAGCAAGAUGCAAAGAAAAAGCAGAAAACUUCAAAGGUCGUUCAACAACAAUUAUCAGGUGGUGAGUGACCCGUACGAGUCAAACGAAUACUUGUUGAAGUGGAACCAUUAAAGAAAACGUCACCGUACUAUGCAACGACCUGAUUUUAAUAUAAAAAAAAAAAAUUAAUUAAUUAAUACACUAUUUAAAAAUAAAAGUUCGAUUAGUUAUUUAUUUUAGAUGUUAUAUAAACAUAUAUUGAAUAUAGUACUCGACAAAACUCUUUUAGCCUUAUUGUUUAAAAAUUAUUUACAAUACGAUUAGACACAAAAUAAUAAUGUAAAAAGAAAUAAAAUAUUGUGUGUAAAAAUGUACUGGAAAACUUAUUAUAUUUUAGCAGGUGCCAAUUCUCAAAAUUGUUGUACACAUUU